GCUGCGCACGCGGCCUCCAGAAGCUUCCGCCCUCCUCCUCCUCCUCCUCGGCCGCCACCGACCCGACGCGUCCAUAUAUCCUUCCUUCCCUUCCCUACCGACGUGGAGAAGAGGAGAACAAGGCGUACUCGGGCGGAUCCGGGAUCGGCGAUGGAUUUCGAGCUGCGGAGCGCGCGGGAGAAGCUGGAGAGGGAGCAGCGGGAGCGGAUGCAGCGCGCUAAGGCCAAAGCCGACCGUGAGCGCCGCGCCAAGGCCGAGGCCGCGCGCCGCCGCGACGCGCUCGAGGCCUCAAACAGGGAGCGCCGCCUCGACGCCGCCCGGGCGCAGGAAGAGGCUGACCAGAAAAUGGAAGAGGUGAUGCAACUAGGAAAGGGGAUCUCUUUUUCACACAUGUUUGAAGCACUGCGAUAUGACGGUCCAGGGGAUAAGAUUAAGCUGCCACCGUCUUCUUUCAAGGAUUUAUCCGAUCAAGGAGCGCUUGACAAAGGUCCCAUGUACUUCAGGCUGUCCAAGGUUAGGGACAGAGUUCCAGGUACCUCUCCAGAUCAAGACGCCGAGGAGGCAACCUGCUGUGGCGUUCUUGAAUUCACUGCAAGGGAAGGCUCUGCACAACUCCCAUCACAUGUCUGGAACAAUUUGUUUCAGAGUGACAUCCCAGAUGUUCCUUUGAUUGAGGUGAGGUAUGCAAGUUUGCCCAAAGGGACAUAUGCGAAACUUAAGCCGGAAGGAGUGGGAUUCUCAGAUCUCCCUAACCAUACUGUCCUUGAAACGGCACUGCGCAAUCACGCAACACUAUCUGAAAAUGAUGUUGUCAUGGUCAACUACGGACAACUGCAGUAUAAGUUGAAGGUUCUUGAGUUGAAGCCCGCAUCAAGUGUUUCUGUGCUGGAGACGGAUAUUGAAGUUGACAUUGAGAGACCAGAUUCAGUUUUCGACAAUGAAGAAAAUCAACAUGUGCUUGUGCCGCUCGAGACUGGGAAGGUCGAAUCUGGAGCUGUGGAAGAAGGGAAGUUCAGGUACUACAAAUUUUCUGUCGAGGAAGGUGUGGCUGAGAAAGUUGCGUCUGGUUGUGUAAAUAUUGAGGUUAAGAUAGAGUCUGAUACAAGUGGCAGUGACACUGAUAUUUAUGUUUCAAGGCAUCCUUUAGUAUUCCCAACUCAGCACCGUCAUGAGUGGUCAUCUCAUGAGAUGGGAUCUAAGGUUCUUAUACUCAAACCAAAGGAUGCUACUUUGGUCAGUGGCCUUUACAGUCUUGGGGUUUACGGUUUCAAGGGCACAGCGAAGUUUCAACUUUCUGUAGCUAUCAAGGAUGUUAUUGAUAGCCAAAGGAUUGAUGAGCAGGGUAGUGUGUCAUCAGCCGUCAAUGGUGACUCAGUGGUUUGUAAGAACUGCAAACGACAUAUAUCUAGCCGGACCUCAGUACUUCAUGAGGCAUACUGUGUGAGGCACAAUGUUAUUUGCAUGCAUGAUGGAUGUGGAGUAGUUCUUCGUAAGGAAGCAGCAGCAGAUCAUGUGCAUUGCAGUAAGUGUGGACAAGCUUUCCAGCAGAGAGAAAUGGAGAAGCACAUGAAAGUCUUCCAUGAGCCGCUGAACUGCCCCUGCGGGGUAGUUCUAGAAAAGGAAGAAAUGGUCAAACACCAAUCCUCAACCUGCCCAUUUCGCUUGAUUGUGUGCCGUUUCUGUGGCGACACGGUUCAAGCUGGUGGACAACCGCUGGAUGUUCGAGAUCGGCUUCGAAACAUGUGCGAACAUGAGAGUAUCUGUGGAUCCAGGACUGCACCAUGCGACUCUUGUGGGCGAUCGGUCAUGCUUAAGGAGAUGGACAUUCAUGCAAUUGCUGUCCAUCAAAAGAGCUGAUUUUUGUAACCCUACGGACCGAACCUCUGUACUGCAUAUAUGUUGGUAUUUGUUAAAUCUUCCAUUGUUUGCUAGUCCAUGGAAAACAGUGGCGCGGUGGUGUCCGUUAUCUGUUUGUAUCUUCCUUUUGUAUACAUAUUAUUUAUAAUCUACUCCUUUUUUGACA